CGUGGAUGGCGCGUCCACUGACUUGUCAGGCGCGUCGUUCGUUUAACGCGUUCCCCAAUUCUCUCGGACGACCACUUCACUUCAAGUUCGCGCACGGCUUGUUUUUAACAUCUUUCCUUUCUUCGACAAAAUUUGACGACGCUCCAAUCAAUCUCUAGUCUUUGUCAUAGUUCCGACUUCUACGCACCGUACGAGUUUAACGACCAACAUGUCUAAUGGAGGCCAAUCAUCGCUUUCGGGACUGCGCACAAUCAAACGUGACUGGUCGCAAAGCAGCUCCCAGUCUGAAGAUCGUAUUUCAUGGCCGGCCACCCAGCCCACCCAAUCUCAGCCUUCAAAGGCACCUAAGGCUGAAGCUCGAUCACAACGUAUAAAAGAUAUCCAACUUGCGCUUGAUGCACUCACAGGGAAGCAACCGCCCGGAGAGCGGCCAGAAAUCAGCACUAAACAGAUAGCGAACGGGACCAAACGACCUCUCCCACCUGCUCCAGAUCCGCCACCAGCAAAGAAGCGUCAGCUUCCGCCCAGCUGGAAUGAGGACACGCUCUCUUCCUCAUCCAACUUCAAGUCUUCGAGCAAAUUUUCUUUGCCAGCGGUAAAGUCUAUGUCGUCGACACCCGCUGGCUCGUCAUCGAAACCUAGGUCCGGUCUUGCUGGAGUGUUCCUUAGUCAAGAACAGACACAGAUUCUUCGUCUUGUGGAAAGCGGAAAUAGUGUGUUUUACACCGGUAGUGCUGGUACUGGGAAAUCGGUCUUGCUCCGAGAAAUUAUUCGCACAUUGCAAAAGAAAUACGUCAAAUCUUCUGAUGCUAUUGCCAUUACUGCAUCAACGGGAAUUGCGGCAUGUAACAUCGGUGGUGUCACGAUUCAUUCGUUUUCAGGCAUUGGUAUCGGAGAAGGCUCAGUGGAGGAGCUCAUCAACAGAAUCCGUAAGAACAAGAAAGCUGCGUCGAGGUGGUUGCGGACAAAGGUCCUCAUUAUCGAUGAAGGUACGUUCGUUUAGCAACUACAGACCUCUACCUUGUAUGUAUCAUAUGAUCAGUUUCGAUGUUGGACGGAGACCUCUUCGAUAAACUU